AUGUCUACAAAACGUCGAGUAUUGACUCUCGAAGAGAAAAUUAAUGUAGUGAAUAUAUACAAUGAGCAAAAACUUAGUGUGAGAGAAUUGUCUAAACGUUGCAAUAUUGGAAAAACAGCGGCUGCUGAAAUUGUCAAAAAGAGGAGUGAAUUAUUGGAUCAGUGGCGUUCUAAUGACAGUAAGAGUAAAAGGCGAAAUUUUUUAAAACCAACGGGCUCAACUAUUGACAAGUGUUGCUUUGAAUGGUUCAUCAAGGCGAGAAAUAAAGGAAUUCCGUUGUCAGGGCCCAUCAUUCAAUCGAAAGCAAAAGAGAUUGCGAACAAUUUAGCCUAUAAAGACUUCAGUGCAUCCUCUGGUUGGCUGGAAAAAUUCCGUAGAAGGCAUAAUAUCGCUUUUAAAGCCAUAUCAGGGGAAGCUUCAAGUGUAAAUCCAAUAGACGUAGAAAUGUUCUUGAGUAAAUUGCCCAUGUUACUGAAAGAUUAUUCACCGCGAAACAUUUUUAAUGCUGACGAGACAGGGAUAUUUUUCCGGGCCUUGCCAAAUAAGACCCUAACCUUAAAACAUGAAAAAUGCACCGGUGGAAAAUUAUCUAAAGAAAGGCUCACGAUACUUCACUGCGUAAAUUUGGCUGGAGAAAAGGAAAAACUCUUGGUGAUUGGGAAGACUAAAAAGCCCAGAGCUUUCAAGAACAUUAAUGUGAGUGAUUUGCCAGUUUUUUGGAGGAGCAAUAAAAAGGCUUGGAUGACAUGUACAAUAAUGGAGGAAUGGUUGAAAAAUUUUGAUAGAAGAAUGGGUAUGGAAAGGAGAAAAAUUUUGUUAUUUUUAGACAACGCGAGUUCUCAUCCGAAAGACAUACGUUUAACAAACAUUCAGAUAAUUUUUUUACCGCCGAAUUGUACAUCCGUCGUCCAACCCUUAGACCAAGGUAUCAUUAGGAAUUUCAAAACUUUUUAUCGAGCACUUGUUGUGAAAAAAUUGUUGUCUGAAAUUGAAUCAGUUAGCAAGGCUGAAGUUCUUACAAAGAAUAUAAACGUACUCGAUGCUAUUUAUUAUAUCAAAACUGCCUGGCAGAGAGUAACAGAAGAAACUGUUAGGAAUUGUUUUCACAGAGCUGGAUUCAGACAAGAAUCAGUCGAACAGACAACGGAAAAUGAUAUUUUUUCAGCUGAAGAUGACAUCCCUCUAUCUGUUCUACAAGACAUAUGGAGAAAUGCGCGAACGAUGGGCUAUAGAGAUAAUCAAGUCGAAGAUUUUAUCAAUAUUGACACAGAUUUGAUGAUAGAAGAAAUAGAUGAAAACGUUUCUAUCUAUAAUGCUGGCGAAGCAGAUCAGUCUUCCGGUGAAUCGGACGAAGACCCAGUCGAAAAUGAGGGUAUUCCAAAGAAUUAUUCCCAAGCCAAUGGCAUUUUGAAGACGUUGAAAGGGUUCGCCAAGAAUAAAGGAGACUCAAAGGCAGUAGAGAUGCUGUCUGAGUUAGAACUUCAUUUCCAAAAUCAAGUUUCGCGAACAAAUACACGCCAGACAUCAUUAUUGGAUUUUUUCUCAACCACUUGA